AUGCCGCAUCCCUCGUUCGAGUCGUACGAUCUGGCACACUCGUCGCAUCCGAGAAUAUCGUAUCGCAACGAUGAGGAUCUCUUCGACACUCUCUUCCCGCAGCCUCCUCCUCGUUCUCGUUUACAGGCAGAGCGUCUGGCACGCCCGUCGCUACCAACACUCAAGCCAUCGCUCCAUCUCGACUCUGCCGACUCGUCGCGGUCGACGACACAGCCUUUCUCUUCCUCCAAUUCGGUCGACUCUGUCAACUCGCUCUCGUCCUAUCCUUCCUCCACCUCGUCCCUCUCGCUACUGCAUAGCAUACACCCCAAUAAGCAGGCAUCCACCGACAGCUCAAUAGACUACUACAGUCCAGCUAUAAGCGAUGUCAACAGCGCAGACACCGACCACAGCGUAUCUAGCGGCCGGGCCCACUCGCAAGCCUCCGAGGUUGAUUCUCACGAACAGGCAGGUCCCUUCACUCCAUUGACUCCCAACGGUCCGGCACAGACUUGGAGGCCCAAAGAACUCAACCUUGUGCGAAAGAGACAGGCGCCUGCACCAGUAGAAUCUUCGCUGCCGCUUCCUCAAGGGACACCUAAUUGGAAUACAACACCCACCACCGCCAUCAGCGGCGACCGUAAUGCGCUUCUCAUCGGCCUCGGCCUCGGCGGUGUCAGCCUUGACCCUGUGCCGUCGCCGGCUCCCUUGAGCGCGACCACGCCCCAAUCGAUGGCUCUCUCGCGUUCCAGGUCGCCGCAGCUCGUCUCAAGCACAGCCUCUUCGCGCGAUGGUUUUGCCCACUCGAAUGGUGCGCCAACGCCAGCUGUGCAUCCAGGACCAAAGCAGCUCAUUCUCGUCUCUUCUGGCGGGCUGCCGGCUGUGCGACGCUUUCCUGGUCGCAAAAUGAGCGAAGGUCUCGUCGAAAACUCCUCAUCGCCCACGCCCCCUCCCGCAUCAGAAGCUUCUUCCCGCAGCAACACGCCUCAGAUGCGAUCCGCCAUUCCCGUCCUGCCAAGCGGUCCCGCCUUCGUCGCCAACCGAGCGCUAUCUCCGGACAUUGCUUCGAUUCCCUCCGCCGCAGAAAGGUCAGCUGGUCUUUCUGCGCAGGAGUUCUUGGCGCAGAUCGCAUCCACCCCGGAAUACCAGGCCAGCGAGUACUUUGACUCAGCAGCAUUUGGGGCCUCUCCGGCUUUGCCGUCUUCCGCUCAGCAAGACUACGGCGUCAUGCUCGAUCGGAGCGAGGAUGCGGAUGCAAGCGAAGUAAAGGCAGAGGGAACACCCACCUUGACAACAUCCUCUACUCCUGCCGCCUCUGCGUUGACGACCAAGGCUCCUGGCUUCUCCUGGAAUCAGCGUUCAAGGGCGGCUUCUCUGAGCAAGAGGAAACCGCCACCUGCACCGCUGGUCCUCACCUCUUCUCCGGCUACCAGCGCAUCGGAUACUCUUCCCGGCUCAGCAGGUGGCCUACGUAGGCGCUCUCUCUCUGCCACCAUCACCCAGAGAUCGCCCCUUUCCGCCCCAGACUCGGCAAACUCGGGUGCCGACGCGCAGCCUCCCGUCCAGACGUCUGCUUCCACUUACUCGACCUCCAAUCACCGACAUCAAGACAGCGUGUCAGACUACUCCGAGCCACUCCGGACGGCGUUUUACGAUUUUGACUCGGAAGACGACGUAGAAGAGCACGGCUUUGCUUCGAAGCCGAGUAGCGAGUUCGACAUCAGUAAAGCUGAAGGUGUGCCGCCCUCAGCCGGCACCACCAACUCCGAUCGUCCGAGUUCCAACUCGGCUGUCUCGGCGCAGCGCAACAACUCGCAGUCCUCUGCCAUGAGCAGUCGCAUCAUUUCGCUCAGAAGCGAAGCGCAGAAUCGCCAAAGCUCUGGCUCGGGAUCAACAGCAGCAGCAUUCGAGUUUGAUGAUCUCGAAAUCGAGUCUGCCAGCGAGAGUCUCAGCCUCGAGACCAUGAUGGGCUUCCUCCAGCGUCACGGCUCUCACAAAGCUUCGAGUUCUUCGUCUGUAGAGGAUGUCCGCUUGGAUUCACAGCCUCAAGAGCAAGUCGCACACAACGCAGCAGAUUUGACCAUCACACAAGCGUCGCCUGUUUCUCCCACAACUGCAUCGCCGAUGUCAAAGCAGGACGAGCGCUCAAAGAGGCUUUCCACAGCAUCCACUGCGCCGGCGAUUCCAAGCUUUAAUAUCGCCGUCUUCGGCCCCAGUCAGAACAGCAAAGCGCUCGAUGCAACGUCCGUGACAUCCUCGCUCAUUCCUAAGAACGGCACACAGGAGGAACGAGGGGCGUCGGCUUCCGUGCCACCCUCGCCCAGUGCUCGCACUGUUCCCUCUCGCAAACAGAGCAUCGUACCCGCUCCGCCUUCGUUUGCUAUUCACGAUGCCCAACGCGUUGAGGGGCAGGCGGCGGAGUCGGGUAUGCUUCUUCCGGCCAUCGCCCACGGCGUCGACAGUCGGCCCGCGGCCAUGGCACGAGCCAAUAGCAACGAGUUGGGCAACAGCCGAUGGAGCUCGGGAUCCGAGUCGGACGGCGAUGCAGCCAUGUCGAUCAAGGGCGGACGCAAAUCCUUCUCAAAAGGCAGGAAGAGUUUCUCUAGCAGCCGCAAGAACAGUGUGCCAUUUGUGCGCGAGUCAAGCAACGUUUCGGCUUUCGACUCGCUGCCCGAGAAUGGGAGGAGGCAGUCGAAGUCCGGCAAGACCAGUCUCUCUGGCUCUUCGUCGGCUGCGAUUGUGCAACCACAGCCAGUGCUGCUAAAGCCGUCCAUGUCGAAGCGCCUGUUCCUCAGCGGCCUGCCAUCCUUCAGGAAGAAGAGCUUCUCGAAUCUCGGCGGCCAGUCAGCGUCCCCUUCAACACCGAACUCUUCGCGCGAACCAGUCUCCGCCGGUAUGCCCUGCCCCGGUGCCACAGAAUUCCCGUUCCCGCCAUCGUCAGAGUCGCCACAAUCGAGCAGUGCUCCUCCCCUUCCCAGCAUGACCAGCCGACCCUUGAACCACCGCGUCGAACCCCCUCAACUCUCGAUCAAGACGGCGUUGGCAUCCACCUUUGCGUCGGCAAAUCUCCAGCCAGUCCAGUCGCCGCGAAGUCCUAUCUCGGCCGCCGGCUUUGCAUCGUCGAUGGGUGCUUCUGGCCCGCUCACCACGCAACAGAUCCUGGCACAGUCCCGCAACAAUGUCUGGCCCGAGAACUACAUUGGCAACAGCGUCAGUACAGCAGGCAUGACGUCUCCGUACCUGUCCGCAUCUCAUGACGCGUUUAACCACACCUUUUUGCCUUCAAGGCUUGCCCCGACUCCGCCUUACUCUGGCUCAGCCAAUCGCCUGGGUUGGUCAUCGGCGCCACACACGUCGCCGGUGCCUCAGAGCCCCCGCUUCGCUGGCAUGGCGUCCCAUGACAAGUCUCUGCCGGGCACGCCCGUCGAAGAGAUUACGGCCGUGCCUCGUUCUCGCUCGCGCACGGCCGAGAUUGCUCCGCCCAGAAAUUUGCGUCACAUCCGCCAGUCCUCGUCGAACUCUAACCUCGACAAGAUGUCUAAGGAUGUUCCUGCUGAUCUCUUUCGACCGUGUCAAGCCAAGCCACCAGCUCCGGUUGCCCAUCUAGAAGGCAGUGCGCCGAGCUCGCAGCUGCUUGCUUGUGCUACAGACGAGGAGAAGCUGCCAACGAUUUCCGAGUCUGCGAUGCGGGCUGCUUCGCUUGACGAGGCAACUGCAGAAGUCAAUGACGUGAAUAGGUUUGCAGCUUCGAUCUCAAUACUGGUAGACCGGAAGCAAGCCAAGCUGAAAAAGGCUCAACGCAUUCGCAAGCAGAACGACCGCUUUGCGCGAUACAACUCGUGGUCCGAGUACGGUCUGCACUGGCUCGCUGAACAGGGCGAUGAUGCGUUCGAUCGCUUGGCUGCCGAGGGUCUCCCUUCGACAGCCGUCUUGGCUGCAGCUGGCUCUUCUUCCAGCCAAUCGCACCAGACUCGGAUUGCAAAUGGCGGACCUGGAGGCGGCGAUGACGACUCGGAGGGAAGUGACACGGACGACUACGGCUCCAGCGACGGCGGAGGAGGUGGUGGUGGAGGAUCCGGGGGUGCAGGAGGCGCAGGUGGCGGCAAGCACCCAAGCGAGGGCGGUGACGACGCAGACGACUCGGAGGACGAAGACGAAGAAGACGGAUCCGAUGACGACGACGAAGACGCAGAGGCUAUGACAGACAAAGACUCGGAAGACGAUUAUGGUACUGUUGAGCAAUCCGCCGCCGCCCGGACUCGUCGAGCAGGUGCCAUGCCUGCCGUCCCUUCCCGCAACGCCUCAACGACAGCAUCCGGAACUCACGCCGAAACCGCAGCCGAUUCCGACUCGUCAGAUGAUCGACCGUUGGGCAAUCUUGUCCAUGAUCCCAAAGCCCUUCAGAAGGCUUUGCGAGCCAAGGAGCGAAAACGACACUUUGAUUUGGCGGCUCAAGCGCUCGAAGGCAAAGGUAACUCGAGCGCCUCCGCGUCGACAAGCAGCCAUGCUCGACAUGCAGUGCAGCGUCAAGUCCAAGGUCAAGCCAACGAAGCCCCGGUCAACCCUAAUGAACUGUCGCAGCGACUGACCAAGGUGCAAGGGCGUCGAGAGCGGGCACAGGCGAGGAUGCAGGCACAGGAUCCCAAUGCUGCCCUCAUGCAGCGAUCGCAGACGGUUGCACGUCAGGAUGUUGGACGCUCCGCAGCAGCGGCCGUUUCGAGGUCCAAGUCAGUGCGAACGACGCCGGCCGAGCGCUCCAUUCAUCCGGGCAUGCGCGCUAGAACGCCGUCUGAAGCUGCUCUGCGCGCCAAAGCCAUGACUCAGGCGAUGCCACAAGGACCUUCACCCAUCGUUUCGACGCUUCCCAACAUGUCCAAGAUGCCAGAGCUUCCGUCCAACGCCAUGGCCACGGUCGUCGCUGCCCAAAAAGCCAUGGCGCAUGCGCAGGCUAAUCCCACACCCGCCGCAUUAGCUCAAGCACAGGCGCUGGCGACCUCGGCCACUGCGGCUUUGAACGCAGCGACAGCUCAGGUCAAAAGGACCGGAUCGUCGCCCAUCUCGCCCACGUUCAACCCUGGCGAGCCGAUGACACAGGUCGCCACUUCUCCACGCAUAGUGGAUGGCGCGGAGUUCCCUGUUGCCAGGCGUCGUGAGAAUUCGCGAGGACAGGCCCUGCCCACGGCCUCGAGCGGGACAGGAGCUGCUGCGCCUGCCAUGGUUUCGACUCACCAGCCGGGUAUGCUGCAACGGCUUCGCUCGCGUUCUGUUUCGCGCCCUCAGGCUCCAAUGACCAUCAACACCGCCGCCGCACAUCCGAUGCCCGACUUGCCACGGCCCAGCACCGCCUCGAAAGACUCGCAAGCAUCGAGCUCGCCGCACAGUUCGCACGCCCCAACAUUUGCGGCACUGUCGCAGGCUGCGAAGCAUCACGGACGUCCCUCUGUCGAUUCAUCGACCGCUCACGGUGAUGCUUCGACGCAGAGGUUCCCGUCGGCGCUUCCAGGCAGUGCAUCAGCCUCGCACGAGGGCAGCUUUAGUCACAGCACGACUCCAACGGAGCCGCGACAGCCGCACAAGGUUUUCAUCCUUUCGAGGCAGCGAUUCACCGUGGUCGAGGUGCCCGUCUCUGCUCGCGCCCGCGAUCUUGCUCUCGAGGUGGUGGAGCGUGAGAGGCUGCCCAUGGACGACAGCAAGGGCGGCUGGGUGGUGUUCGACUGCUCUGCCCAGCUUGGCAUUGAGCGUCCUCUGCGCGAAUACGAGAUGAUCACGGACGUGGUCAAUGUGCGCGCUCACCCGAGGACCGACUAUUUCCUCAUCAAGCGAACCGAGCUGUCGCCGUAUCUCUCGAUCCGCUCGGUGCCAUCGAGUUCACCUGCACUGGCUGGCUGGGUGUACGUACAGGAUCGCAAGAAGAAGUGGAAUAAGCGGUGGCUCGAGCUGCGCGAUCACGGGCUGUACCAUGCCAAGAACGAGAAGGGCAAAGACGAGACAACGAUCUGUCAGAUCUCGACGUUUGACGUCUACCUGGUCGACAGCUCGGCGAUCAAAAUGCCGAAAGCCAACGGAUUCGCACUCAGGUCGCAGGAUCCCAUCACGAUGUUUGAGAAGCCGGAGCAGGACUACAUGCACUACUUUUGCUUGACGGAUCCAGCAGCUCACCGCGACUGGGUUCGCGCGAUUUUGAACGCACGCACCUACAUCUUGAGGCAAGAAAAGGCGGUGCUGUUCCAGGUCGACUCUCCCACCAGUCAAGACCUCGGAGCUGCCGGAGGACUUUCGAGGAAAGUUACUUCGCGGCGUCCCAACGGCCGACCCGCAGCAACGGUAGCAGCAACCAGUGUCGAACCCAUCAGCGCUACAGGCCCAUCGCCACCGACGCCGCUCAUUGACGGCAGUGCGUUUGCAGGUCCGUUCGCCAAGGGCAGUCUGCUGGCUGACAAGGCGAUCAGCGAUGCCAAAGAAGCCCUUCGAGGCUAUGCGGCUGUGGCGCCUCCAACAGGAGCUUUCAAUGAUCUGAGCCUGAUGGAACGCAACGCAGUGCGCUCCACCGAGGCGCGUCGAAGGGAGGAGGCCAUCGAGCGUCAACGCCGAAUGAAGGCUGACGGUCAGCCGCUCAUUGACCUCGUUCGCAAGUAG